AUGUUAGCAGGAGAACCUGCCGUCGCAUCGGAUGAGUCCGACGUGGAAAUGGGAACCACGGUCGCCGAAGAGUUCGAGGACGACGGGGGAUCGAGUUUCUCGGAUUCAGAUUCGGAUGACGCACUACGGGAAGCAUUCCGGGACAAUCGGCUGAAGCCCGGGUUGAAUGUAGUCGAAAAGAAGGCGCCCACAGCCGUAAACGACACACCGAAACUGAAGGCCGCACUCGAGGUGUGUGUGCUGAAGGCGGCGUGGUUGGAACGCAUGGAUCUGGUGAACGAUCUGGCCCCGUUAACGCCCGAGCUGGCCAUUCAGAUUGAGAAGAAUCAGCAGAAGCGCGAAAAUCAGUUCAAAGGCAACCGAAAGAUUCCUUACAUCGCUCCCGAAGCCGACCCGGUGUUGAACGAUUUCAAGCGCGAGAUUUUGUUCCAUCGCCAAGCGCAAGCCGCCACACUCGAGGGCAUCAAGCGGCUGCACGAUCUGGGCGUGGCAACGAAGCGACCGGACGAUUACUUUGCCGAGAUGGCCAAAUCGGACGAGCACAUGCAGCGGAUCCGCAAGAUGCUGCUCGAUAAACAGGAAGGUAUUGCGAAGUCGGAACGUGCCCGCCAACUGCGCGAGCAUCGGCGCAUUGGCAAACUGAUCCAGCGGCAAGCCACCGAGAAGCGCGACGAGGAACGACGGAAAACGCUGAGCGACAUUAAAAAGUUCCGCAAGGGUAAGCUCUCCAACCUUGACUUUCUGGACGAUGACGAUGGGCCACGGGGUGAGUUCCGGAAGUCGCCUGGCAAGAAGGGAACGGGCAAGAAGAAGGCGGUCAGCGCGAAGCGUAAGGCACGCGAUGCGAAGUUUGGCUUCGGCGGACGUAAGAAGGGUUCGAAACGCAACACGAAAGAAUCCUCGAUGAACGAUGGGGGUCGUCGCGGUCAGAAACGAGCUGGUGGUGGUGGUGGGGGUGGUGCUGGUGCCGGCGGUAAAGCAAACAAUCGGCCAGGAAAGAACCGGCGAGCGCAAUCGAAGAAUCGUAAGAAGUAA